AUGGCAUCCUUCACUCUCGUCAGCGCCUACGCGGCUGUUGGCGUGCUGGCAAUCAUCAUCCUAAAUGUCUUGCGCCAGCUUCUCUUUCGUAAUAAGACUGAUCCACCUCUUGUUUUCCACUGGAUCCCUUUCUUGGGCAGUACCGUUACUUAUGGGAUGGACCCUUAUGCAUUUUUCUUUUCUUGUAGACAAAAGUAUGGCGACAUCUUUACCUUCAUAUUACUGGGUCGAAAGAUCACAGUAUACCUGGGCAUUCAAGGCAACGAAUUCAUUCUCAAUGGCAAACUGAAGGAUGUCAAUGCCGAGGAGAUCUAUAGCCCGCUCACCACGCCGGUCUUUGGUUCCGACAUUGUGUAUGAUUGCCCGAAUUCAAAGCUUAUGGAGCAGAAGAAAUUCAUCAAAUUUGGCCUCACUCAGGCUGCACUGGAGUCGCAUGUACCACUGAUUGAAAAAGAAGUUCUUGAUUAUCUCAAAACAUCACCCAACUUCAAGGGGACAUCCGGCCGGGUGGAAAUCACGGGUGCCAUGGCUGAAAUCACUAUCUUCACUGCCGGUCGGGCACUGCAAGGCGAGGAGGUUCGCAAAAAGCUUACUGCGGAGUUCGCAGAUUUGUAUCAUGACCUUGACCGGGGGUUCACUCCUAUCAACUUCAUGCUUCCGUGGGCACCGCUGCCGCGUAACCGGAAGCGAGAUGCUGCCCAUGUGCGCAUGAGGGAGAUCUAUAUGGACAUUAUCAACGAGCGCCGCAAGAGCCCGGACCGGGAGACUUCCGACAUGAUCUGGAACCUCAUGCAUUGUACCUAUAAGAAUGGACAGCCUGUGCCAGACAAAGAAAUCGCCCAUAUGAUGAUCACUUUACUAAUGGCAGGUCAACACUCAUCGUCAUCUAUCAGCUCUUGGAUCAUGCUACGACUAGCCUCUGAGCCCGCGGUCUUGGAAGAGCUCUAUCAGGAGCAAAUCACGAAGCUCAGCCCGGAUGGAAGUACCCUUCCGCCGCUGCAGUACCGUGAUCUGGAUCUUUUGCCCCUUCAUCAGAAUCUCAUCAAGGAAACUCUGCGUUUGCACCUUUCCAUUCACUCUCUCAUGCGCAAGGUCAAGAACCCGAUGCCGGUUCCUGGCACACCCUACGUCGUCCCCGCAGACCACGUUCUGCUAGCAUCUCCCGGCGUGACCGCUCUUAGUGAUGAGUACUUCCCCAAUGCAAGCCGCUGGGAUCCCCAUCGCUGGGAGAACCGAGCUGAGAAGGAGGAUGAAGAGGACAUGGUCGACUACGGCUAUGGCACCGUGUCCAAAGGAACAUCCAGUCCUUAUCUGCCCUUUGGCGCUGGCCGCCAUCGCUGCAUUGGAGAGAAGUUUGCCUAUGUUAACCUGGGAGUAAUCGUGGCGACAAUGGCGCGUCAUAUGAAGCUGUUCAAUGUAGAUGGCAAGAAAGGUGUUCCUGCCACAGACUACUCGUCCAUGUUCUCCGGUCCCUCGAAACCAGCGAUUAUUGGUUGGGAGCGACGAUUCCCGGAAAAGUCAUGA